AUGACCUCCUCCAUCUUUGACCUCCCUGAGGUCUGUCUCCUCAUCGCAAAGCACCUCCCUCAACCCGACCUGGCCAGGGCCUGUUGUGUCUCUCGCCACUGGCUCGUCACCUUUGCAAGCGUACUCUGGCGCUCGAUUCACGCGGACCACAAGAACUAUCACAUCUUCUGCACUGCAUUUCCGCGUUACUCAGUCUACAUCCGCGAACUACGGUGCUCUCAAGGCGUAAAACUGGACUAUCUUGGCUACCAAUGUACCCAGUUAGUCGUCUUCGAGGCCCCACUUCUGAGCCUUACCAAGCUCAAUGACAUCAAACAGGUCCUGGAGUCCAACCGAAGCAUCGAGGACUUGUCACUGUCGUCUUCUAUGAUCUACAGGGACAUGAACCUGGACAUGGAGACAGUCUGCGUCCAACAGACGAUGGAGAUCCUUAGGCUCGUGGCAGGGAUGGGAAACCUAAGGCGCCUGUCCUUGACCGGUUUCCAGGCCCCUCCAGGAGCAUUGGAGUAUCUACUGGAACAACGAUAUGACCUUCGGUCGCUUCGCAUUGUGCGUUGGGAACAUAGGCAAUGCCCGGGCCGAGGAGUGGAUCCGGUCACUGGACUAUUGAUGUCGCAUGCAGCAGCAGCAGUACUGGCCUCAGCGACAGAAUUAGGCCAACUUGAGCAACAACAGCAACAACAACAGCAGCAGCAGCAAAGGGCACCGCAGCGCCAAUUACGAUCACUUCACUUGCAAGGGUAUCCAGACGGGCACGAGUUCGUCCUCAAGAUCGUUCGCCGCACUCCCCUGCUCGAACAACUCUCGCUCGCACAGAGUUGGACCCACAAUCAGCGUAUUUUCAUAUCGCCUCAAGUCGAGCAGUUCUGUCAGCAAUUGAAAUCCUAUUGUCCGUGUGUCAAAGAACUUCGACUCGACCAAACCACUCUCUGCCCCGACAGCUUCAAAUAUCUCCUUUCGGCGUUCCCGAGAUUGAGACGGUUCGAGGCCUUGGAGGUCUUUCAUACGCGUCACGAUUACUUUGAGAUCCUUAUUGACCAGGAAUCCCUGUGGGAGUCGCUGGAGGAAGUUCGGACCCCAGACUAUGGGUUCCAUAUUGGGGACUGA